AUGAUGAUAACCCCCCCAAAGAUGCGUUUAGAUGCACCUGGAGCACCUUGUUCUAAUGGAGCAUGCUGUAGCAAUACUGGCGUGUGUAGUUAUGCACCGACUAGCUGUGGCCCCGAUGUAUGCAUCUCAAACUGCGAUGCAAAAGCCCCCUGCGGCCCGUAUGCAGAGGCGUCGAGCGCGGCUUGCCCAUUGAAGGUCUGCUGCUCAGAAUUUGGCUUCUGCGGCUCUACUGAUGAGUUCUGCGGUUCUGGUUGUCAGGACAAGUACGGAGGAUGUGGUCCAGCCCCUAAGCCUCAGUGUGAAGGGGACAGCACAUCCGCCCGUACGAUUGGAUAUUAUGAGAGUUGGGCUGCAAAUCGCAACUGCGAUAAAAGAAACCCCGAAGACCUCGAUUUGACAGCCAUAACUCACCUCAACUUCGCAUUUGCUUUCUUCCAUCCUACCACGUUCCAAAUGAUGCCUAUGAGUGCAGGCGACCCGGAACUCUACAAACGCUUCACGGGGCUAAAAUUGAAGAAACAAUCACUCCAGUGCUUCAUUAGUGUAGGGGGGUGGAGUUUCAACGAUGGCACCAACGUACCAAAUACGCGGACAGCAUUCAGCGACAUGGUUAGUUCAGCGGCAAAUAGGAAGACAUUCAUAGACUCCCUCAGCCAAUUCUUAAAUACCUAUAACUUCGAUGGGGUCGAUCUCGAUUGGGAGUACCCUGCUGCAGGAGAUAGAGGUGGUGUAAAAGCCGAUACAUCUAAUUUUGUGACAUUUCUACGAGAACUUCGGGCUGCUUUUGGCGGGAGAUAUGGGAUAAGCGCAACAAUCCCAAACUCUUAUUGGUAUCUCCAAGGCUUUGACGUCGUGGCGAUGCAAGAUUCCCUAGACUGGUUCAAUUUAAUGAGUUACGACAUUCACGGCGUAUGGGACUCGACCAACAAGUUCACAGGCCCCUUUAUCAGACCGCAUACCAAUUGGACGGAGAUCGACCAAGGAAUGGACUUACUAUGGCGAGCUGGUGUCGAUCCAAGCAAGGUUGUGCUUGGUCUAGGCUGGUAUGGUAGAUCUUUUACCUUAUCCAAUGCUGGAUGUAGCGAGCCUAAUGGAAUAUGUACCUUUUCUGAGGGUGGAAAUCCUGGGGAAUGUACAGCUAACCCAGGUACGCUUUCUAACGCCGAGCUCUAUCGGAUCAUUGCCGCGGGUGGUACACAGCAAGGCUUUGACCCAACUGCUGCUGUCAAAUGGAUAACGUGGAACUCGAGCCAAUGGGUAAGUUAUGAUGACGGAGAAACAAUUCAAAUGAAAACGGCAAAUGGUAACAAGUUAUGCCUUGGUGGCGUUAUGAUCUGGGCCAUAGAUCAAGACGAUAUAGAGGGCUCAAGCAUGAAUAAUCUACUUGGUAUUGGCGGUGCAAAUGGUGUAUCGGCUGAAGAAGCAGCAAAUAUCAAGAAGCAGUUAAACAACGCUGACUUAGCCACUAACAUAGCCAGCUCAUGCUACUGGAGUUUAUCGAAGACUGUACUUCAGUAA